AUGGACGGCGUCAACCCGGUGCCUAAACUCUACAGAUCUGUAAUUGAAGAUGUAAUUGAAGGAGUGCGGGAUCUAUUUGCUGAAGAAGGUAUAGAGGAACAAGUCUUAAAAGACUUGAAGCAGCUCUGGGAAACAAAGGUUUUGCAGUCUAAAGCAACAGAAGACUUCUUCAGAAAUAGUGUCCAUUCGCCUCUGUUCACCCUUCAGUUGCCGCACAGCUUGCACCAAACAUUGCCAUCAUCAACAGCAUCGUUACUUAUUCCUGCUGGUAAAACUCUUCCCACUUUUAUCACAGCAGAACUGGGCACCUCAAACUCCAGUGCAAACUUUACUUAUCCUGGUUAUCCUGUUCAUGUACCAGCAGGUGUGACACUACAGACGGCAUCUGGUCACCUUUAUAAAGUUAAUGUACCAAUUAUGGUGACACAGACUUCUGGAAGAGCAAGUAUUCUUCAGCAUCCAUUUCAGCAAGUAUUUCAGCAGCUUGGGCAGCCUUCAAUAAUACAGACCAGUAUUCCACAAUUAAACCCAUACUGUCUUGAAGCAACUACUGAAAAAUCACAGAGAAUGGAAACUGUGCUCCAACAACCUGUAGUUCUUCGUUCUGGGACAGUGGAUAGGAAACAUUUAGAAAAUGCUACUGGUGAUACUCUUACACAUCCUGGAAAUGAGCAUAAAAUCAUGUCUGAAGCUUUAUUGAGUCAUCCGGAAAACUGUCAGUAUAUCAGCCUUUCAGGUGUUGUAUUUCCUCCACAGGUCUCUCAAAUGGAUUCUGAUGUGGAGCCAGUGCUCAGUGUUUCAGCUAGCAUGACUCAAAAUCUGCAUGGUGGGCCCCUGUCCACAGGCCCUCAGGGGGCUCAGCACCAGCACAUGCCUGAUGUUCAGCUUCGUGUUCUUAAAAAUAGGAUGUGUGGAUGUGAUUCUGUAAAGCAGCCAAGAAAUACAGAGGAGCCCAGCAGCCUACCUGUCUCAGAGAAGGAUUCUAAUUCUCAGAUGGAUUUAAGCAUUUGUGUAACUGAUGAUGAUAUUAAUGAGAUAAUUCAAAUAGACGGAACUGGAGAUACAUCUUCCAGUGAUGAAAUAGGAAGUACAAGAGAUGUAGAUGAGAACAAAUUUCUAGGGAUUACUGAUGUAGGAGACCUGAAGGUACUUGAAGAAGCCAGCAGUAUAUCAAAUGAAGAUUCAACGGCCAACAGUAGUGAUAAUGAAGACCCUCAAGUAGACCUUGUGGAAGAGGACCCUUUAAAUUCUGGAGAUGAUGUUAGUGAGCAGGAUGUGCCGGACCUGUUUGACACAGAUAAUGUAAUUGUCUGUCAGUAUGAAAAGAUUCAUCGAAGCAAGAACAAAUGGAAAUUCUAUUUGAAAGAUGGUGUUGUGUGUUUUGGAGGGAGAGACUAUGUAUUUGCAAAAGCCAUUGGUGAUGCAGAGUGGUAAAAUUGAUGAGCU